CAUUGCUGCGAUAAGAUGCCACUGCCAAUAUAUAGGUUUUUGUAUUGCCAUCGCAAACCAUCCUUCCUAUAGUUUUCCCUUUUUGGCCAAAACUAUCCUUCCUACUUAAUUAAUGCUGUUAAACAAGUUGCUUUCUUCAUAACCAAAAAAGCUUCCUUCCAUCACAGGCUCCUUGACCUUGAGCUUGAGGUUGAGCUUCACCCUGCCAUCAACCCUUCAUUUCACACAAUUAAUACAUAUAUAUCUAUAGUAUAAUUAAUUUCCCUAUGUGUAAUUAAAAGCAAAUGAAAACAAAUGAUAUCAUGAACGGCUGCAAGUCCGAUUUCGACCACGGCGACGACACCGACUAUUUUAAUGAACCUUUGCUACUCCGACCAUCAUAUGCUAGAUCAACGUCCUUGCUUUGCGACGAGCUACGCAGCUUCAGAAUAAGCCUCCGUUGGUGUGCACUAGAUCACUCUUCCAGCACAGGCAAAUUCGUUUCCUAUCUCACCUUCAUCCUCCUCGCCGUUUUCGUCCCCAUCAUAAGCUCCCUUCCCGUUUGGUUCCAAGACCUGUCCAUCGCAUUUCCUACUGAAACCACCGCCUUCAAUCUCCUGGUUCAAUUCCCCGAAUCAGCCUUAGCUUUCUUGGGGUUUUUCACACUGUCCUGUUUCUUCAGAAGAUACGGGUUGAGGCAGCUCUUGUUCCUCGACGCCUUACAGCAAGAUACGACGUUCGUAAGACGUGGAUAUACGAGGGAGCUGGACAAGGCGUUUCGUUACCUGGCGUGCAUACUCUUACCCUCUUUCUUCGUUGAAGUUGUUCAUAAGAUCAUCUUCUUCUCCACCGUAAAGAUAUCGUUGCCUUAUGUUAGCUCCGGGUUCCCAUUGAACUCCAUCGCGUUUGUGUUGGUGUUGGGGUCGUGGGUUUAUAGGACCGGCGUGUUCCUCCUAGUCUGCGUGCUGUUUCGGUUGACUUGUGAGCUACAGAUACUGAGAUUCCAAGGUCUCCACAAGAUGUUCGAAGGGUGUGGGUCUGAUGGUGGCGAUAUAUUUCAAGAGCAUGUUAGGAUCAGGAAACAGUUGGCCAUCACCAGCCAUAGGUAUCGUUUCUUCAUUAUUGCCUCCUUAAUCGUCAUCACUGCUAGCCAGUUCGCAGCUUUGUUGAUGGUUUUGGCUUCAAAAUCAGAUAAAAAUUUCUUCAAUUCUGGUGAUCUACUGGUUUGUUCAACGGUUCAGCUGAGUGGCUUCUUCUUGUGCUUGUUGGGUGCGGCAAGAAUCACACAUAGAGCCCAAGGAAUGGCAGCCGUAGCUAGUAGAUGGCAUAUGAGUAUGACAUGCGCGAUGGCCGGAGUAGAGCAAGGGAAACAAGAAGACGACGGCUUCCUACCCGUAUCUACGUGCAAUGAAACUGAUUCCGAUGACUCAUCCGAUAUGUUCAUCAGCUUUUCCGCACAACAUCCAUCCAACUUUCAAACAAGACAAGCGUUAGUGUCGUAUUUGCAACAUAACAACAAGGGGAUAACGCUGUUUGGAUAUGCACUGGAUCGAGGAUUGCUUCACACUCUCUUUGCAUUUGAGUUCUCUUUGGUGAUGUGGAUUCUCAGUAAGGUUGUUGUUUUGAACGACUGAUAACCCUAAAUUUAAAAUAAAAUUAAGGACUGAGCUGAAAUUUUGUUAUAUUAUGUUUAAUAGUGGGGUUCAUCAGUUUUACAUGUGUGUACUAAACAAGUUUCAAUUAUUUCCGUCUUCACCCAAAGCUGAAAAGUGAAAUUGCAAGGAAAUUAAACAACCCAUUCACCUUUUGCUUGCAUGCAUUAUUCAAUUCUUGUGGAUGGAAGAGAAAAUUUUGGGAAUUUUGAGAUUUUAAAUUUAAAAUUCAUGAGUUUGAUUGUUUUAAUGAAUUGCCAUGUAAUGAAAUUCUCGUAUAUUUUGAUU